AUGGGGAGGAAAACAGGAUCCCCUGUGUGUGAUGAUUCCCCGCCAUUAACACAGUCGUCUGCUCCGCCACGCACCUCCCUCCUCCUCCGUUCCCUCUAUGUCUGUUUACCUCAUCAUUCACUUCCUAUGACACUUUCCCUCUCCUUCUCCCACUCCUCUCUCCAUUCCCAUUUUAAUGCCCCUUUUUCCUGUUCUUCCCGCCGCCCCCGAUCCCCACUUGUCCUCUCCUCCUCCUCCCCCUCCCAUAAUCUCAUCCUCCUCCUCGGCGCCACCGGCUCCGGCAAGUCCUCCCUCUCCAUUGACCUCGCCUCCCGCUUCCCCUCCGAGAUAAUUAAUUCUGACAAAAUGCAACUCUACACAGGCCUCGACAUCACCACUAACAAGCUCCCCCUCUCCGACCGCCGCGCCGUCCCCCACCAUCUUCUCGGCGACUUCGACCCACUCGCCGGCGAAGUCUCCGCAUCGGCAUUCCGCUCCCACGCCGCGGCCGUCAUCUCCGGCGUAAUCUCCCGAGGGAACCUUCCUCUCGUCGUCGGCGGUUCCAACUCCUUCAUUCACGCGCUUGUCACGGCGGAUUUCGAUCCAAGCCACGACGUCUUCGGCUGCUCUCGGAAUCGGGUGUCUACGGAGUUCCGGUACCGGUGCUGCUUUCUGUGGGUGGACGUGUCGUUUCCGGUUCUGAAACGGUACUUGUCGAAGAGGGUUGAUGAGAUGUUAGAGGCCGGGAUGGUAAGGGAGUUGGCGGAGUUUUACGACCCGGAAAUUGCCGAUUCAGAGACCCGAGUGGGGCUGAGGAAGGCGAUCGGAGUGGCGGAAUUCGAGGAGUUUUUCCGGCGGCAUCACCCGAAAGGGAGAGAGUACAAAGAGGGGAGGGAUCCAGUGGUGGCGAGCGCAUACAAAGAGGCGGUAAGGAAAAUAAAGGAAAACACGUGGAAGCUAACGAAGAGGCAGUUAGGGAAGAUCGGACGGCUGAGAAGAGCGGGGUGGGACCUGAAAAGAGUGGACGCUACAGCGGCGGUUGUGGCGGUGCUGGGGUCGGAAGCGGCGGAGAAACGGUCAGAAAUAUGGGAGGCAGAGGUAGUGGAAGCAAGCGUAAAGAUUGUGAAGAGGUUCAUUGCGUAGUAGGUUUUGCAGCUUUUUCCAGCUAUGGCAGUUACUAUUUCUUUUUUUGUUCCACUUUUGCCCCCAUCUCUCUUUCUCUCUCCUACAUUUUCUA